AUGUCGAAGGCACCUCAUUUCCCGCAACAGCCCGUUGCGAGACAAAACGAUGACGGGUCUCUCGAGUUGGAGUGCUUCCUAGAGGCGAAUCCCCAACCCGAUAUCAAAUGGUUCUAUGAGAACAACGAGUUGAAGCAAACCGAUCGCUUCAGCUUUAGACUGCAAAACAAGGGAAAUGACGCCUUCUCGGCCAUCCUUCAAAUCAAGGACUUGGCCGACUCGGACGCGGGUGCUUACCGUUGUGCCAUCGUGAAUCCACACGGAAAGGGAAAUGCCAACUUCAACCUUAAGCUCACCGGAUUCUCCUCACCGACAUUCGUCGAGAAGCCACAAAUCUCUUCUCGCGAUGAUGGACAGGUCAUGGUCAUGGAGUUCCGCGCGAAGUCGAUCCUCAAGCCGACUUUCGUGUGGCAAAAGGGAGAUGAGAUCGUCGCCGAAUCCGACCGAAUCAAGAUCGUCACCCGAGAAGAGGCCAAUCAGGUCUACUAUGCCGCCCUCGAGAUCAAGGAGCCAACCAAGGAGAAAGACGCCGGCCAAUUCGUGUGCACAGCGAAGAACGAGUCCGGAAAACUCACCGCCACCUUCACCGUCAAAUUCGAAGUACCCCAAGGAGCCCCAACCUUUACAAGAAAACCCCAAAUCCUCCAAAAGACUUCCGACUCCGGUGAUCCGGCCAUCGUCUUCGACAUCGGAUUCCAAGCUGACCGCAACCCUGAGGUCAUCUGGUUGAACCCCAAGGGAAAGAAGAUGAAGGAAUCGUCGAGAAUCAAGUUCACCAGUUCGCCCGACGGAGGAGCCAACACUUUCACCGCCUCCCUCGAACUCAAGAACUACAAGGCCAAAGACUCCGGCACUUACACGUGCAACAUCAAGAACGAUGCCGGUGAAGCCAACGUCGAGCUCACACUCAACAUUGAAGGCCCACUCGAUGACGGAGAUGGUGAUGACAGCCAGGCU